AUGGUUCCUACAGACGACGCUAUCACCAUAUUACCUAAAGUCAACGGCAGCAGCACGGUCAGAAUGAUAGAGGAGCUGAUCGCCAGCGGCGUUGACGCGACGCCGGCAAACGAUGCUAGUCGCACGCCCCUCCACGUCCUCAGCAACAUUCGCCCCGACGUGUUGGACAAUAUCAACCUGGACCGUCCCGGCCAGACGCUAGCCCUUAACGUCCUUCUAGAGCAGCUGAACCGUGCUAGUAAUGCUGCGCCGAGCCGUGUCAACGCGGCUAACGUAGACGGGAUUACGCCUCUCCACCUCGCCGUCGCCACGUCCGCGUAUCACAUCCGGAGGCUACUCGAGUCUGGUGCAGACCUAGCGAGACCUAACAAAGAGGGACGCACACCACUUCAUUACGCGGUACAAGACGCGGACGGCAACGUUGUUAGCAUGCUUCUUCAAGCCGUUGAGGCCAGCCGUGAAAAACAACAGGUCGGCAACAGUCCGCCUGGAUACAGCGCUGCAGUCACGCUUAGGGCGUUUGUCAAUACUUAA